UUCUCUUUCUCUCUCUCUUUUUUUUUGCGGGGGUUUGCGUUUUUUUUUUUUUUUAGGAGACUGUGGUUUAAAAGCCAGAGAGAAUCUGGAAAGGAGCCGCCACUCCUAGCCUUCUUUCCUCCGAGUUUGCGACUCCCCGGGCCAAAAUGGACAAAGUCUGUGCUGUUUUCGGAGGCUCCCGGGGCAUUGGGAGGGCAGUGGCCCAGUUAAUGGCCCCAAAAGGCUACCGACUGGCCAUCAUCGCCAGAAAUCUGGAAAUGGCCAAAGCCGCCGCCGGUGAGCUCGGCGGAGAUCAUUUAGCAUUUAGCUGUGAUGUUGCCAAAGAGCGUGAUGUUCAAAAUACAUUUGAAGAGAUGGAAAAAAAUUUAGGUCGAGUUAAUUUCUUGGUAAACGCAGCUGGAAUUAACAGGGAUAGCCUUUUAGUAAGAACAAAAACUGAAGAUAUGAUAUCUCAGCUUCAUACUAACCUCUUGGGUUCCAUGCUGACUUGUAAAGUUGCCUUGAAGACUAUGAUUCAACAGCAGAGAGGGUCUAUUGUUAAUGUAGGAAGUAUUAUUGGUUUAAAAGGCAAUUCUGGCCAGUCUGUGUACAGUGCAGGUAAAGGAGGAGUAGUUGGAUUUUCACGUGCUCUUGCUAAAGAAGUAGCAAGAAAGAAAAUUAGAGUGAAUGUAGUCGCACCAGGAUUUGUUCACACAGAUAUGACGAAAGACUUGAAAGAAGAACAUUUAAAGAAAAAUAUCCCUCUUGGGAGGUUUGGAGAACCUAUUGAUGUGGCACAUGCGGUUGUGUUUCUUUUAGAAUCACCAUAUAUUACAGGGCAUGUUCUGGUAGUGGAUGGGGGAUUACAACUCAUGAUAUAAUUUACAGAUUAUUCAGUUAUAAUAGUGAUUAUAAUCAAGGGCACACUUUGGCUAUUGAUUUGACAGUCAUACCUACAUGGGUGACAUUUGCUCAUCAGACCUAUUGAUGCUACAAAUACUGAUUUUCAUCUUUAUAUGAAUAUACCUGAAAAGAGCAGUGUGUGACCAUUUGUGUUUUCUAAGUGGUAUGUACCUUAUAGGCUGUAGCAAUUUUAGUAUAUAGACAUUUGCAAGUGAUAUAAACAGACACUAUUUUAAUUUAUAUAUUUUGUCUCAAAAGUAGCAAAAAUUAUAUGAUCUAAUUGGCAUGAAUUAUUUUAUUCUAUCAGUCAAAAUUCUCUAGAAGUUAACAUUUGGGCCAUUGCUAAGAAAGGAGUAUUUUAGUUGUCAGUACUUGAGCAGUCCUGCCGGUUAAACAUUGUAUUCCUUUUCCAUAUGCCUUAGAAGAUCGAUUUUUAUAUAGGUUGAAAAAAAUUAUCAUUUUAUUUGGCAUGAAUUUAGAGUCUGGUUUCUUUGCAUUAUUCCUGAUUAAGCCGCUGGGCAAAAUAAUUUACAAAUGCAAGUGUGGUAUACUUGACCCAUUCUUUAGAAAUUCUCAAAGAUGAUGAAGAUUAAGCCUUAAGGUUUUAAUAUCUGGAAUAGGAAUAAGCUGAGUUCUUAUCAGCUUGGGAAAUAGAAGUAGUUUUUUUGUGUGUGUUUAACCCACAAAACACUCAGUUUAGCAAACUACUUAAAAAUAGUAUAACAAAUAAUGACAUUUUAAAAAUUAAGAUUAUUUUGUAUGAAUGAAUAUAAUAUGAUUUUUACCCUAAAACUUUGGAAAUAAUUACUAGUGAACAAUCAUAAAUGAUAAAUAAAUAUGCAGUAACAAUGAGUAAGAUGUCUUCGUAAGGAACAGUUAAAGCAUUACUUAUAAGAGGAAAUACCUGCCUGAGAAUAGAGGUAAAGACACAAACUGUAAAAUAUCAGGCAACAUUUAUUUUGCAUUGAACUCUUUUGCAUUGAACUCUUGUGGGGAAUAAUGUGAUAUUUUACAUAAUGUGGGGGAUAAUGUCACUGGAUUCAUGUUGAUUUUUAUUAUUUAUCAUUUCAAAAUGUUUUAAAUGUUUACUGCAUUUUAAAAAGUAAUCUUUUUACAAUUUUAUUGGAGCUGAACAUUAUUUUAUGUAAACAGAUUUAAUUUUAUAUUGCAAGUCAGUGCAAAGGUGUGAAGAGGAUAUACUAAAUAAAUGCAAUGUGAUAAAGGUAAUAAAAAAAGGUAAUAAAGU